CUGCACAGCACAAAAUAGAUGGAUUGAGUGACCGAGUGAGUCGACAGCCAGACAGACAGCCACCACGGUAACUGUACUGUACGUCUUCUAGACACACAUAACAUAUGCACCGCACCAACGUACACACAUACAUAUGAUAUGUACAUAGACACAUUCAUUCAUAGACACCACACAUGGACAUAUCGCUACUCAAUCGUCAUCACCCUCCUGCUGCUCCAGUGGAGCACCAUUGUGUGUGCCCCCCUCCCUCUCAAUGCCCUCGUCAAUGGCCGUCAGCUUGGCGGGCGGCAUGUGGUGCCGCCCCCACAGCGGCCCAGCAUUCACCAUGGCGUCUCCUGCCCCUCCGUGUGUGCUUAUCGCCAAGAGGCCCAUGGGCGCCGAGAUGUGCAUGUUGAAGUAGGACGAGUAGAAGCUGUUGAAGUCUAUGCGGGUCAGCAGGUUCACCAGGUGGUGCUCGUACUUGCUACGGCUGAUUGAACCAACAGGUAGGGAAGGAGAGGAAGGUGCAGUCAGUGCAAGAGGGAGCAGGGGGUGUGUGUAGGGUGUGGUGUGUGGGUUUGCGUACUUACCUGUGUGUGACGAGGUGUUGCAGGAAGUCUCUCAGGUGUUUGUCGAAGGUCUUCUCGAACUUCUGAACCAUCCUGAGAGGGAGGAACAGACAAGGCCGGGCAAGCAACACAACACAAUGAUGAUCCCAUCUUGUUUGCCUGUGUGCUGUGUAUGAUAGACGUGCCUGAAGUAUUUCUUCUCCGACAUCAUCUUGGAGAGGUUCUCACCCCGCAGCUGCAUCCGGGCGGUCCGCCGCUCCCACGAGUUGCCGCCCAGCACACCAUCCUCACCGGCCAGAGACCCCUGACAGACAGACACACGCCACUCCACUUCACACGUGGCAAUGAUGGAUGUGUGAUGCACAUGCUGCUACCUUGGGGCCGGUGUCGGAUCCUCUGAACUUGGUGCUGGCAGUGGAGUGGCAGUGCAGUCGAUGCAGACGCACAGCGAGGGAGGACACAUGCAUGACAUAUAUGGGUGGAUUGUGUGUCCGCCCCUUGCAGUGCUUGCACCACCCACCUGAAGCGCCACAAGUUCUGUGCGAAGAGUGAACAUGAGGUCAGGAUCUUGGACAACGACUUGACCAACACUGACGCCUUCAGGUGAUGACACACACAGAGAUAAAGAACGAAGCAGACGUGCAUGUGGUCAAGUCGGGGGUUGCCUCUGCUGCCUGCCUUCCUACAUACCUCUGUGAGAAGCGAUUCCUUGAGGCAGUUGUCCAGGAACCGUUCGUGUCGCUCCAGCACCUCGUCGAACGAACGCACAGUCUGAAGCUCACUCAUGAACUGAGCGCGCGCGCGCGCACACACACACACACACACAUAUACACACACACAUAAACACACACACACAUACACAGACACAGAGGGCUGGUGCUAUUGAAUGGAUCUCUCUCUGUGUGGGCGUGAGUGAGUCACCUAACCUACCUGGUGCCACUGUGGUUCCAGUACUUCUACGGUGAAGUAGUAGACGUAGUUGCGGCAGAAGUGCAGCAUUCGCUGCCGGGUGAAGUACGAGUUGAGCAGCGCGUUGUGCAGGUUCAGCUCCUUCGUGUGCUGGUGAUCCUGAACGAACAAGAAGCCAAGCCACACACACCACACCACACCACACCAACCUGGCCAUCGACGGUGCGUCGAGUGCAUCAUCAGAUGAACCAUACCUGCCAGACGUCGCACAAUUUUCUCUCGACGAAUUUGCAGAAGAGCAGGUGCCGAAAUAUUAGCUCGUACUUGAGCAUCGACACUCGAGUAAACAACUGCAGCCAACCACCCAUAACAUGCAACCACAUCCACCAUCCCCUCCCUCUCCUGCCUCUACCUACCUACGCACCCACCAGGUUGAGUGGCCAUUCCGCCGUGUAUCUGAUGGAGAAUGCGUGGAAGCCGUACGAUGGCGCCUGCUGCUUGGGGUCGGGAAUGGCUGUGCUCGACGUGGCCGGCACUGUGUCUGAGAACAGGAAGGCCGGCAGAGGCUUGGGGGCUGCUGCUGGUGGGACUGGUGCUGGUGCUGGAGGGGGUGCGACGGGAGGGUCCGCCACUGAUGGCUGCAGGGCGGUGGGGUGCUUGCCCUUGUCUGAAGAGGCCAGGUAGUUGCAGGCAUUCUGGCGGACAGAGGGAGAGAGACGAACAUGCAUAGGCAGACACGGGUAGGGUGCCCGUGGGCUGGGCGUGGUGUGGUGCGUUUGAGUACAUACCAGGUACAUGUAUGGUCGGAGGGUGCAGGUGAUGCUGUCACGGUAGGGGUCUGAUGGAACGAACGGAGAGAGAACCGGAGAGGCGUGGCAUCCAAACACGACACGUGCACACGUGUGCACAUGACAUGAUGUGUGUGUAUGCUUGUACCGACCUUACCGUUGGCAGUGGAUGAGGUGCGUAUGGCGAGGUCCAGCAGGGACUCCAGCUUGCUCAGCGCCACACACGACACGCUCUUCUCCAACUCCUGCACAUGAUUAUAAACACGACCAAGUGACGCGCAGCGCCACACAUGUCAGUCAAGGUGUCAAGGAAUCGAUGAAUGACGUAAGUACAUCAUUGGCCGCCUCCAGGAACUGGUAGAAGAAAUCGGCCCUGCAAACCAAACCACACAACACACACGCACCGCACACACCACACAUCACAUGCAGGCAAACGGCUGAGUGCAUCCUAUCCAUGUCGUGUUUGUGUGUCUUACUUGUCGAGUAGGAAGAAGUGCUUGACAGACAGUAGGCGGCCCUUGAGGUCCAGCUGCCGCCAACAAAACUCUACCAGACUCAUCGAAGCCCACUCGUACGCAGCCUCUACCAACUCAGUGUACGUUCUGCAUUGCAUUCAUUGCAAUCAACACACAGCACAGCACAACCAACACUCAUGGACGUACGUAUACGGACUGACGGCAUGAUGGCGCGUCUUUUUUUCGCCAGCCAGCUCUUACUUACGCGAAUUGGUUUGUGUACUUGAUCUUGGGGGUCUCUCUCGACUUGAGUGCGGCCGCCUCGCUGCCCCCCUGGCACGACAGCAGCACGUUCAGAUACUUGCCCGUCUCCAAAAUCUGCACACACACAUCGUGAGGCAUUCACUCCACAGUGUUGGACGGACGGAUGUUGGCCGCCACCUGCUGUGCUGCCGGCUGAGCUGACCUUUUUCUUGGUCUCCUCCAGGAAGACGGGAACUCUUGUGUCGUCUAGGACGAAUUUGCGUUCCCAGUAGCGGUCGCCGGUGCCGCCCUCAGUGUCGAUUGGCAUGAGGGAGGGAUCGGACAUGAUAAAGAACUCAUCGUACGGGUCGUCCAGACAACCCUGGUGGAUGGCAUCACGCACACGGGUUGGAUGUGUGGUGUGGUGAGGCGUGGUGGGGUGGGGCGGCUGUACUAUACGUGGUAUAGCCAUUUGGUGAGCAUGUCGAACAGCGGCUCUGACGCCCUCGUCAGCAGAAACUCACCCAACUUGCGCGAAUUCGGGGCACUGACAUACACACAUGCAAUGCACAAUCCAGACAGACAGACAGACAGAAACGGUGUGGUGUGUGUAUGUUGUGUGUCUGCCUGGAUUGUGCAUUGCAUGUGUGUAUGCGAUGCGUGUGGUGUGACCUGCUGGUCUCGAAUGUGACGCUACGUAUGCCGCUAAGCAAAUCGCCACCCUUGCGCCUAAGCACAACAAACAAGACAAGAGAUGGAUAAGUGCGUGUGUGUAUACUCACUGGUGUGUCGGACAACACCCCCCCACCCCCCGACCUGUAGUUUCGUUUGGCGACGCAGUGUAGCAUCUGCAUGGUCUCGCGUGCUGGCUGCAUGAGGAACCACAGCUUGGAUAUCCGAAGCGUGCCGCGACGCAACUCCGUCUCCAACUGGGACACAAACACCUGCACCAUUGGACGGACAUGGUGGACGGGACGUCCACGCGUCCACACACAUACGAACAAAUGCACCCGUGAGUGUGUGGAAUGUGCUGCACUGCACCAAAGGCCCGACCUGGUACUCCCCCAGGAGCGUCUGCAUGGCUGCGCAGAGGGCCUGUGACACCAACCUGACCAACAGAGGACGGGAAGCGACACAAAAGUAAAUAAAUACUCACAGGAGAGGGCGGGGUGGUGUCGGUCGCUGCCUCCUGGGUGUUGUGGUGCUGUUGCUGCCCACCCGUAGUCAUGCCGCCAGUGGGUUUCCACGAAGGCACACACAGAGCGGUGGAAGGUGCAGAGGUUCGUCACAUUCUCCACCAUCUGCAGCUCGCCUCGCCACACAUGCGACGCGACACACAUGAUAUGAUUCCCAUUUCUCUCUGUCCGUACGUCAAUGAGUGCAUCCAUUCAUCACAUGCAUCACAUCCCAUACCCGGACGAGCGACGGGUCGGCAGCAGGGUCACCCUUGAGGUUGGUGUCGAUUCUGAAGUCGUAGAUGGGCAGGUCGUAGGGAGCUGACACAUCCAGAUGUCCAGAAUGUGUGCAGGUCAGGUGUGUGAGCACCCCCUCUCUCUCUCUCUGUGUGUGUGUGUGUGUGUGUGUGCCGUCCGAGCACACACACACACACACACACACACACGCGCACACACGUACAGAUGCGUCUGUCAGAUGCCUGGAUGUAGGUGCCCUGACGGCCCAUGAGGACGAACAGUAUGUCCUCCAGCAACACGGCCUCCUGCUCCUCUAACUGAUCGAUCCACACAUCACAUCACACAGACACACAGGGCAGGUGUGUGAUAUGCGCAUGCAGCCAGUGUUGCGUGUCUGUGCGUACGUACCGAUAGCUGCGACAGCUGCACGUUGGCCGGCGUCCGCGCAUUCGACUCUGACAAGACAAGCACACACUCGGCCAGCCACGUGGAUACUGUGCGUGUCUGUCCUCCAGGCAGUGAGUGCAUAUAUCACCAUCCUACCGAGUGCUGCUCGCUGUCGCCUCUCCUCUUCACCUUGUUGGGGGGAUGGAUAUCACAUAAGCUAAGCUGUGUGUACUGCGCCAGUGUGUAGUGUACCUCUGGCCGAAUGUACGAGUGCGGGUCGCUUCAUCAGCCACUCGGGAGCCGGCGGCACGUCAGCCUUCAGCAAACGCCACUGAGCACGCGAUGUACCCGACGCUGCACACACACACAAGGAAGCACUUACGGCCAUUCAGCUAUGGCUAUUGGUUUCCUCACACGUACUUCCGUCGGCCCGCACACAGGUGGUUUGCGAUUUGGUGGAGCCGCGGGGCACCUCAGUGGGCAGCGGGAGCUCCUGCACAAGAGAGCACACAACACGCCCACAGUGUGGUGUGUGUGAAGGUCUAUAAAUGCGCCCCCCGUCCGUACUGUGAGUGCGGGUGUGGCCAUGGUGGUCAGAUACUGCCCGAACUUGGACCGCAGCAGCACUGACAACACACACACACACACACACAAACACACACACACACACAAGUUGUCCACACAUCCUCUCCGUCAGUAUCCAGUGAAUGUGUGUGUGUGUGUGUGUGCCUGGUUGGUUGAGUCUGACGUCGGACCGAUCGUCGGCUGGGUCGUCGGGAUUUACUACUGUCCAACGACACAAUUCAGAACCUGAUAUUGAAGACGCACGCACACACGCUCGUCGUCCGUCCGUCUAUCGGCCGGCCGGUAUUGUUGCUUCCGUGGACUGAGUGAGUAUACGCGCCUGUAGCGUCGUGCGAUUUUAGUGUUUCGAUGGUGACUGUCGACUGAGCCGUCACCGACAGCAAACCCGCACACUCACACGUACCUGCACAAGGACAGAAGACCAUCCGCUACGCCUUUGUAUCAACAUGGUUUCUCCUGCUGGUGCACCGACCAGGGCUGGGCUGCCUCUGCAGGGCUACCGUGUCCAGGAAACGAACCGUCUUGGCAUACUUCCUGCACACACAGACCAGACCCCCACUCACACUCACGCACCAACACACACACACACACACACAUCUGCCAAUAUCUUUACUGCACUGCACCUGUCGUCGAAGUUGAGUAUGACAAACUCGGAUGGCGGGGUGGGCGACUCCCCGGGAGGGUCAAACAGACGGGGGGAGGGAUGGGUGCCGCUCAGGUCCACACAGUAGGACGGCGGCCGGCUGCUGCUGUCUGUCUGCCCGCUCAGACUGCCUGCGUCGGGUGUGGCCGCGAGAUACGGCUGUGGCUCGCUGCAUGACCGGAUGCCGAUCUGCAACACCAACAGAACAGCGGCGAACAGACUGAAUGAUUGGCGCUUAGCGUCCGUCCACCCAUUAUAUUAUAUUGAUGGCUGGCCCACCUACCUUUGUGCGAUAGAAGAGGUGCUCGUGGAAGACCUGCUCCUUCCCCCGCGAUGCAUCCUUCUCCCUUCCACGCCCCUCUACGCCGCCCACAUGACCGGUCCAGCCGUCAGCCGCCGACCGCCCCUCCCACCUGCCCCUGCCGCCCCGCUCCACAUCCCAGUUUCCUAUACCAGCGGGGGAUGGUCCCGAUGGGCCUGCAAUCGUGUUCGGCAUGCUAGGCAGCGGCCGUCUGUAGCUCGGCUGGUGUGUGUCGUCGCCAUUGAGGGUGGGGAUGGGUGGCUCAUCCGCCGGUUUGUUGUGUGUGACGCCGUUGAGCCUUGGCUGUCGGUCUGGAAGUGUGGUGGAUGAAGGGCGGAGCCGGGUGCUGUCCUGGGCGGCCUCGCGAGCUCUGUCCACGGGAAUGUGGCCUGCCAUGACGGAAUAGUGGACAGGCGAUGGAUGGAUAGCUGAGAGCAGGUGAGAGCUACGAGGUGAGGCGGAUCUUUGUCGAAGGAAUCGGGAAGAUCAGCUCAAAAGAUCUUCCAAUCAGCCAUCCUCAGGCUACGUGGCUGGUUCGUGUCGUCCUUUCCUCCUUGUUCUGUUUUUCUCGUCCCUUG